AUGGACGUGGAAGAUUCCUCUCCCCAUAGUGAUGUUCGUGACCUCGCCCAGUCAAUUAAUGGAAUGUAUCGGGUGUUGGAUCUGAUCAACGAAGAAGGGAGUGGUGGGCUAGUGGACAAAGUUAUCAUAGCCCAAGACUCACUCCGCGCAUUCAUAAACAGUGUUUGUCCUGGUACAUAUGUGUCCAUGACGAAAGUAAACUUCAGCGCGUUAGACCGCUUCGUCGUAAAGCCUGUUGGCGUGUACGGAAGUAAGACUGAAAUUGUACGACUCCUGUCAUCUCUGGGUGUCGUCAAUGAAGAAAUCGCAAAACAGCUCAUCGCAAACCAAAGCGAUUCCAGCGUUUCGAUGCCGAGUCUUCGUUCUGGGCUGUACAUCGUCCGUGCAGCUUGCGAGACUACACCUGACCAACAGCUUUUCCUCAUUUACUGGCCCGAAGAUUCAACAUGGGAUGACUCAGCUCCUUCAUCUGUGAGACGCAACCGCGUCACUUUCAUGAGAUACCUCAUGAAAAUGUGUGAUCAAGUCACAGCACUCAUUUCUCCCCAGCAUGCUCGAUCAAUCGUAUGGAAUGCCCAGGAAGGCGAAGACGCCAUCAUGGAUAUGGACGAAGACCAUGAUGAGUCCAGUAGGCUGUUCACGUUUGAAGUCGCGAAAACAAAUGAGCAGGAGGAGGCAGUAAAGCCGCGCCCGGGAUUCAAGGCUACGUCCAAGCAUAUAGCCAUGCCCCAGCCUCAUUCAGAGGCACCAGUGGAUGUCAAAUUGCUUAAGCCUGAGUUGUUGCACGGUGAGACGACUCAAGGGUUCAUGACCGUCGCAUUUCAACCAGGCAGGCUCAAUGCCGAACCCAUGAAAAACCAAUCUUUAACUAGCAUCCAGUUGCGCAAUUACUUUGAUGCCUUACUGAUUAGAGAGGGCCUGGAUGCAGAUGCUCUGAGGAUUCUGGUAUACGGUGGCAUCCAGGAUCGUUUCCGACAACAGUGUGAACAGUUUUGGCGGCAAUCCACGACUAUCGCAUCGAAUACUAGGUCCAGCAUGGAGUCAGAUAUGAUAAGGAUUACAGAGGACGUGAAGAAGGGGGAACCUCUCCUGACUAAAGUUUUUCAUCAGGCCUUGGUCGAUGCUAUCAUCGAGAAAUUUCCGUGCGUUUUUAGUUUGCACACUUUACCUACGUCUGAUCGAGUCCUAGCACCUUCACUUACGAACAUUUCUCAUGUCCUACGGAAUGCAAGCAGGACGGUCCAUGAACUUAAUGGUCUCAUUGCCUUGUAUCCAAACAUAGGCGAAGAGCUUCGUCGCAAGGUGCAUUCGGAGAAAAUUAACACUCGAAAAUUCAAGGACAGCAAAGAACGGAUCUGCAUUGCCCAGAAUGUCCUUCGCAACUCUCCUGAUAUAUCGAAGGAAACCCGUGAAAGUUUUAUCAGAGUCAUUCUACGCGAGGACAUGUCACACGUUAAGGAAACCUUCAAAUCGAUCAGCAAAGGGAACAUUCCGCAUGAGAAGCCUAAGGGAAUAUUGCCUAUAAUCUGGGGUAAAUUCAGUUCCUUCCUUGCCCUAGAUCUGAGUAUCUUCGGUAAAACGUUAAAAGAGACAAACGUUGAUUCUAUCAGCGACGCUCAGUUCCUCAUGGAGUUGGAUGGUGUCGACAUGCCUCCUAUCUUAGGGGAUAUCGUGGAAGAAACUAGGGCAGCCGCUCUGGAUCACUUUAGAUCAAACUUGACAAAGCAGACCCGAGCUUUAGUGCAUUUUGCGCUGAGCACACAAACCGAACAAUGCCGACUUCAGGUUCAGAGAGAAGCAGCUAGUCACGAAGAAGAGCAACUUGCUGAGUUGCGGAGGGCGUUUAUCCAUGAAAUCAAUAAUCUUUCGCAAACGGAGCAUCAUGCGUUAGUGGUUUCCGCAUUUAUUUUGCCCCGCCCUCAUCUCAAGUUCAUAGCACAGAUAUUCAUUUCUGGCCGAAGGGAAUAUUUCCAGGACCCUGUCUGCGAAUUCUCUGUCCAUCUCAUGCAUCUGAUGGAACAUGAUCAACAUUCCUUAAAAAUGGACCCUACCGUGAUACCCUCACCGAAGUUCACUGGCAGGCAUGUCUACUCGUUCAAGCUGCCUCUCGGGGAUUCAGUGGCGAGAGCGCAACUUCUUUCAGGCGAUAAGAUCUUGCUCGCAACGACUGAUCGGUAUGGGAACCUGAUGGUGUUCCUGGAAAGUCUCAAUGCGAUCGAUGGCGCCUUGAAUCAUCAGAGCCGCGGGAAAAAGCUGAAUCGCGACAAAAUCGGCGAAUUUAUUCUCGCGUUUGACGAGUCGAAACGAUUGCUCAGCGUCGUCGCUAGAGAGAAGCUUUUGUUGCACAUCUUUGUUCACGACAGUACCCGUGGUUUCCAGGCUUCUGGCAGCGCGAUCAACUUGACUCAGUGGUAUGGCGAAGGAGUCUCUAUCGUUCAUGCGUGCUUUAUCUGUGGUAGCGACGAGCUACUACUUGUCGAUUCAUUGGCACAGGCCAGAAUAUACUCCCUGACAACGAUGCAGUUUAGACCUGCAACACUUGAUCUCAUUCAGAUCCCUAAGGCAGUUUACUCCACUCCAGAUGGUUCUUGUUUGAUCGUCGCUCGCGUGUGUGGCUCUGAAUUGACCUUGACCGCCUAUCACUGGAGUACCUUCGGCUCGACGGAUGGCGUCCCGCUCGAAAUUCCGGAUCUUCCCCUGGAUCAACCACUGCUUUUGACUUCUUUCAUAAAAAGGAGUAUCGUUCAUCUGGUUACGCUUGACAUCGACUCGAAUUCUUGUCGAUCAUUCGCUCUCGACAUCACUCGCAAAGUGACGGAGUUUACCUUUAAAGAGAAAGGCGUCCGAGGAGGAGGUUCUCAGUCACAGAACACUACUGCACACAACUGUCUCAUUGAUUGUCACGCCGACGUGUGGACUCGUUUCCCGGUUCUCCCUGCCGUUCAGCGGGAGACGAUCACAUCGUCCAGUAACAGAUGCCCGCGAACAUUAGUGUUCAUUACAGAUCGGGACCAUCAUAUGUUCUCACCGCACUUCCAGGACCUUAUCUACAACUUUGAAAGGACGUCAAAGAAGCCAACUGGAACCAUCCUCAAAUCAAUGACUAUCUCUGCGACAACAUAUUCCGGUUUUUGCAACAGUCUCCUUGGAGAUGCAGAAUGGAGCGUAUCGAAGUUCAGAGCCGGGGAAUGGCUGGUGGAUAUUCUCUGCCUCAUUCCAAUCCACAUUGCAGUGACGAGGGAGAAUCGAUUCAUUCCACUCAAGGAUGGUAUAUAUUCGACUGAGCUGGAGAAGUCUCUCCUCGGCGCGGAUGUUAACCGCAUCGUCGAUCACCUGUCUUUUGGUUGGUAUGAAUCUUUGUUCCAGUCAUACAUGGCAAAAAAGCCGGUCAAAGUUGUGUCGUCUAUGGGCGAACAGUCGGUGGGGAAGAGUUUUUCCUUGAACCAUCUUGUGGAUACGUCAUUCGCAGGAUCGGCCAUGCGUACGACAGAAGGGGUUUGGAUGUCAGUGACCCCGACUAAAGAUGCUCUUAUCGUCGCUUUGGAUUUUGAAGGUGUACAUAGUAUUGAGCGUUCUGCUCAGGAAGAUACAUUGCUCGUGCUGUUCAACACGGCGAUCUCUAACUUGGUACUAUUCCGGAACAACUUCGCCUUGAGCCGAGAUAUUACAGGCUUAUUCCAGUCAUUCCAAUCGAGCUCGACCGUCCUCGAUCCAGCAUCUAACCCGAGUCUAUUUCAAUCGACGUUGGUGAUCAUCAUUAAGGAUGUUGUAGAUUCGGACAAAGCAGAAAUUACUCGAGAGUUCGCACUCAAGUUCCAGCAGAUAGUUCAGGACGAACAAGAGGCCAACUUCAUUUCUCGCCUUCACGCUGGGCAGCUAAAUAUCAUCCCUUGGCCGGUAAUCGAGUCGCAGGAAUUUUACAAGCUAUUCCCAACUCUCAAACGUCGACUGGACAAACAAAAAUUGACGCAUAAGACAGCAGGAGAGUUCCUUCAUGUGAUGAAAACCUUGAUGGCGAAGCUGAAGGCAAAUGAUUGGGGCGCUCUGUCACAAUCGAUGGCCUCGCAUCGAGCACAACUUCUAUUAGCUAUGUUGCCGAAUGCUCUCGCAUUUGGAAUGCAAGAGGUCAAUCCUGAUCCGGAACCUCUGAAGAACCUGGAUGACGAUGUUCCGAUCGGAAUGCCCGAUACUUCGGCUGAAUUUUCAUUGGCAGGGGGGCCGCAAUCUUCUUCUCGCGAGACCGCUCUCCAAGUUCUGUCUCGUGCAUGGGAUGACUAUGGUUCUCGCCAUCACAUGCCGGAGGAUCUUUGGAUUGAGAAUUUGAUUGCUCAUAUCGAUAGUCUGGUCAACUUGCGUGUCGCCCACGUUCGCGAGUGGAUAUCAUCCAACGUCGCUCGCUUCCAGAACGGGCAAGCAAGCAUCGACGAGUUGAUGAGAACGUUUGAGAGCGCGACAGUAGACUUGAAGAGCAACUUGCAGUUGUGCAAGCUCAAGUGUGGAAGUUGCGAGCUGCUCUGCAUCCAGAGCAGAUUGCAUGACGGACCGCAUGACUGCCAGACUUCUCAUGAAUGCAUACAUUCUUGCGAUUUCUGUGCGUCGUCGGGAGAGACGAAGGCUUGCUCCAUGUCAGCGGGGCAUCCAGGCAACCACAUAUGUGUUGUCAAUGCGCAUCUCUGUGGUCAAGCCUGCAAAUUUUCUGGUAGACAGGGAUGUCUGGACGAGUGUACGAAGGUGAUCGGUCACGCAGAAGGCGACCAUCUAUGUGCUGCUACUGUGCAUGCCUGCGGUCAGCCCUGUGAUCUGUCAAAGCUCAGGUUGAGUGAUGGAUCUACUCCCCCUUGCCGUGGUACUUGUGGCAUUGCAAGUGACGUGGACCAUGACCAACACCUGUGCGAUGCUCGACUUUGCUCUUUCCCUUGCCAACUUUGCAAGAGACUCUGUGCGAAUACAGACCAUCUUCACGGCUUGGAAGACGGUGCCAUUCAUCUCUGCGGGGAGGAACAUUCGUGUUCUAUGCAAUGCACUGCUGAGGGCAUCUGCGAAAUUGAGACUGCGCCACAAUCGAUCGAGGCGACGUUCACCGGAAGGCACGAGACGUUCCAGUACACGAAGGUGACGUCCUUGGCUAAACGAUUGAGAUGCGCCAAGAUGAUACCACCAGGCAUGGUAGCCCAUGAAGGUCGUCACAAACAUAGUUUGGACCAAAGAGUGGUGCAUUUUUGUCGAGCAAGGUGUGAUCACUGUGGCUACUAUUGUACGUUGCCGCUCGGUCACCCGCAGCAGGAGCAUGAAACAAGACACGGAUCCAUGUCCUCGUCACGAUGGGCAGUCGAUGGCCCAGAUGAUACGGGUCUCGAGGUCGAAGGCCGUCGCUUCUCUUCAAAUGAUGAGGGUGCACCGAUGAUGUGCAACCUUGUCUGUCAGGCAGUGGGCAGACAUAUUCACAUUGACUACUGUCGCGCCGAGGACGCCGCGGCUUGCAGAGGGAAUAACGAGAUUCAGCAUAUCUCUAAGCGGGUGUUGCCUAACCCGGAACGUGCCAAGGACUAUAUAACGCACAAUCUCUUUUGGCGGCGGGCCGGCUUCAAAGACCCAUACUCUCGGGAGGAGCAAGCAAACUUUGUCAAGUGUGACUCGAUGUGUAGCGGCCCCGAGCACACUGCUGCAGCUGGAAAUGCUGCUCAGCCAUCCUAUUGCACUUUGCCUUUGUUUCACCCGCCGAUGGAUCCUAACAAUGCUCAAGUCGGUUUAGGAUAUGUCUCCAAUGACGGUCAUCUCUUCUCAUGCAGGAACCCCGUGAUUAUGCAGCAAGCAUUCCAUCUACUAUUGCUGAUUAUCAGUAGAUCUGGCUCCAUGGCCUCCGGUGACAGGCAUCCUCUUCCGAACACGCCUGCCUCGGACAGAAUUGUGCGACGCUCUAACAACCGGUUUGGUGCUGUGCUGUCCUCCCUAUAUAGCUUUUGGUCUGCACGUGCUGCAGCAAUUGGUGGCCAACAAGCAGCCCGACGCGACUCAUACAGUGUUAUUCUGUUUGACCAUUCCCUUACGAAUGCCCUCAUAAACGAUUUCACCAGUUCUCCAGACCAAUUACUAGAUACAGUUUUGCGCUAUGAGGCCGAUGGAGGCACGAACUUCACUGCAGCGAUUGGGCGUGCUCAAUCGGUCAUGGAACAACACUGGAGCACAGAGAGGAGCCCUGUCAUCAUAUUUUUGUCGGAUGGCGAGUGUCAUAUUGCGGAUCAGACUGUUCAAGAUUUGUGCCGCUCCGCGGUUCGUCUUGGUAAAUCAUUGUCUUUCCACGCAGUAUCAUUUGGUCCAGAUACAGCUUCUAACUCCUUGCGACGAAUGACUCAAAUCGCACUUGACAUUCAGAACAAUGCCCCAAGAGAUCCUUUGGCCCCACCGGCAGCAACAGUCGCAUCUUCAUAUACGCAGGCCUUAGACACGGUACAACUUGCCGAAACGUUCCUAGGAAUUGCAGAGUCACUCAGGAAGCCGAGAGGGUCUCUCAUACACUGA